AUGCAGACGACUCUGUCGUCCAUGUGGGCCAAUACUACCCUCGACACUAGCAUCCACGACGACGAUACCUGCCACAUCCAUCACGAUCCCGUCGCCGUUUACCUUUCCACCUUCUUGUGCGUUGGUCUCGUCGUCUCGUAUCUGCCACAGAUCGUCCGCAUCAUCCGCAACAAGUCGUCCCAGGGCUUCUCACCGUGGUUCCUGCUUCUUGGCGCCACUUCAAGCGCAUCCAGCUUCCUCAACGUCGUCGCACUUCAAUGGGGGAUCGUCCGAUGCUGCCCUUCCUUGCCUAGCCUAGAAUGUGCCGAGUCGCUUCUCGGCAUCCUGCAAGUGGGCUUGCAAUGGAUCAUGUUUGCUAGCGUCUUUGUGCUCUUCCUCGUUUACUAUCCAGCAGAACAAAAGUACGAACGCGCCAUCACCCUGCCAGACCGAGAUCAGCAGGACCGCCGUGUCCGUACACGGGCUCGCAACGCCGCACGCAAAGCCGCCGCAGGUCGACAGGCUCCGCCUUCCAACUCAAACACCGACGAUGCUGGCAGAUUGACCGCGCCUGCUAACGCCACCGGCGGCCUCUCGGGCGCUCCGACCGAUGAUACCUCGUCGGUGGGCUCGGGCAACUCGGAUCUCGAUUCUGUCGAUAGCCACAUUGCUCAAAACUACGCCGCUGCUCCUAUCCAAGCCGCCGACGACGACUCCUCCGACAACGAUGCAGAGGAGGAAGAGAACAUCCACGAUCAUGAUCCAGAAGCUCAGGCUCAUUCGGGCGACCACUCUGCCAUUUCUCUCGCAUGGGAUGCUAGCAGCAGCGCCUUCACCCGCCUCGUCCCUGCCUUCCGGCCCAUGUGGAAAGCGCCCGGCUCGGGCAACGCUACCGUCCCCGGUCGCCAAGGAUCCACCUCCAACGGACGAGGUCUUCUCUCCAACGCACCUCGAGGCAUGCGAAGGAUCGAACGGCAACGACGAGCAAAGACAAACCAGAGGGCCGUUCGCACUCGCAAGCGUCGCACCGAAGAGUGGAGUCUGUCGCUCUCGCUUGCCUGGGUGGUCUUGAUCCAUUUCAUCUUCAUCAGCGCCAUUACUCUGUUGCUCGUCAGUUCGCUCCCUCCCAAGUCCUUCCCACCACCAGAGGAAGUCUCGGUUCUUUCCAGCUGGACGCGCGCUGUCAGCAACAGGUCGGCCGUUGCCAUGAGCCGUCCCUCUUCGCGCCUGCUCGUCUCGCGAUGGGCCGCCUUCCUCGGCAGUUCAGCGACCGUCCUCGCUGCCGGUCAGUAUCUGCCGCAGAUUGUCUACACUGCGCGCACGAGGCUGGUAGGAAGCUUGAGCAUCCCCAUGAUGUGCUUGCAGGUGCCUGGAAGCGCCGUCUUUGUCUACUCGCUCGCGCUGCAGCCAGGAACCGACUGGUCUUCGCUGGCCGCCUACGUGCUCACGGGUGUUUUGCAGCUGGUGCUGCUGGUGCUCUGUGUGGCGUGGCGGAUCCGACAGCGACGUGCCGGUAUCGAUGACUACGGCCGCCCGCUGGCUCCCAUCGCUCUCUGA